AUGUUGAAAAUAUGGUCUAUGAAACAGCAACAAGCCGAGAACGCAGAAGGGGGAGGUGGCGUGGUAGAAAUGAAAAAGAAAAAGAAGGUCACCGCUUCUCAGCUGCGGGUACAGCGUGAUCUCGCGGAGCUCUCUCUCGGCAGCACGAUGAAGAUGACCUUUCCCAACCCCGACGAUAUCCUAAACUUCGUUUUAACCAUCGAGCCGGACGAAGGCAUGUACCGUGGUGGCACAUUCUCCUUCACUUUCACCAUCAACCAGAACUUCCCUCAUGAUCCUCCAAAAGUUAAGGGUCAGCAGAGGAUAUACCAUCCCAACAUCGACCUGGAAGGGAAUGUGUGUUUAAAUAUAUUGAGAGAAGAUUGGAAGCCAGUGUUAAAUUUGAACGCAGUCAUCGUUGGGCUACAGUUCCUUUUCCUCGAGCCAAACGCGUCUGAUCCACUGAACAAAGAAGCAGCUGAAGAUUUACGGCUUAACCACGAGGGAUUCAAGCGAAAUGUUCGAACUGCCAUGGCUGGUGGCACCGUCAAAAACAUACAAUACGAUCGAGUAACACAAUGA